ACUUAGUUUUGGUGCAAAAAGAUUCAUCUGCAGUUUCAAUCAAAACCUGAAAAAGAAUUUCGGCGGAGAUCUGGCUUCCUUCUUCAGAAUAAGUACUAGUUUUCUGCUCUACUCUUUGGUUGAAUAAUUCCCAAUCAGCGUUAUUCAAUCUGUAUUUGAAACGAGGAGAACGAGUGGUUUUGAUAGGUUUUUGUGAAGGAAAAGUAAUUACAAGUGGAAAGUGGUCACUACCAUACGAAGAUGUAAGAGGGUGCCAGUCCAAUGUUGAAGCUAAAUCAGGUGAACAUAAAGAUAGAUCAGGCGCACUUGCACCUUCACUUGGACCAGUAACACGAGUUGGCAGCCCAGUGUUUAAAAUGCAGAUAUAAUGAGAAUUUAAUAAUUGAUCUCCAUAAUAGUUGGAAGAAGUGCUUUCCCAGGAUUGAUGUUGGCAAUUAAAAUCACCUAGGACUAAGAAUGGUUUUGGAAGGAUGGAGAACAGUUGAUUGAGAUAAGAAAAAAUAUUUACAUUGGGACGAGAAAAAUAAAUAGACACUAUACAAAUUUUAUUUACAAUAGCAGCAAUGACUGACAAGUCAUCACCGAAUGAGGGGAGUGGAAAUAAGGAAUAAGGGAGCUUAGUUUUGAUGACUAAGGCAACACCGCCAUAGCCGUCAGGUCUGUCCUGUCGGAGAAUAACAACCUGGAAUCCGAAAUAUCAGUUCCGGGCGAAGCCAUGUUUCAGACAGAGUUGAGACAAAUGGUUCAAAUUUAUUAUGCAAAUGGAUUAAAUCAUUUUUAUUGCAGAUGGCGCUUCUGCAAUUCCACUGGAUUAUUUGUUCGCGUUCAUGACGCAUAAAAGGAUUUUAAUUGAGCUAAGGAAGUAAUAGUUGGGCGGCGUUGUUCGGUUACAUUGUUGUCAGAGUUAGAAAUGGUUUUUAUUUCAGUCAAAAGUUGGAUUACAUCAGAGAUUGAGAACAUAGUUUCAUUAUUGUUAAGGUUACUGUUUAUUAAAGCGACCCUGUUAGAAGAAGCUGGAGCAUCGUAGUCCUUUAUCAAAUUGAAGUGUUCUGUUUUGUUAUACCCCAAUCGUUUUGGUUUGGGGGAUGUUGGUUUAGCAAAUAUUGUUUUCUUAUAAGAUCUACUGUACGACGGAAUCGAGGGAGAGGAAGGCGAUACAGGUGGCACAGGAGAAUUAGGAGUAUUUUGCAUGUUUGAAAACCUAACUACAUCAGCAAAAGAUUUUGAAACAGGAUCAUGCACUUUAUUUACUUCUGCGUAAGAUACACAUCUUUGAGCCAUAUAUAAUUUAAUUUUAGUCUGCCGUUCGUAUUCUAGACACUUCCUGUUUGUUGCAAAGUGUAGACCAGAACACAGACAGCAAGACGCGGCAUCAUCUUGUAUGUUGCACGUGUCCCCUGUAUGGCCUUGGCCAUACUUGUAACAACGGGGCCGAGAGUUACAAUUAGAUUUAGUAUGACCAAAUUGGCAACAAGAAUAGCACUGAAUGGUAGGGUAAAAGUAAAGUUCCACGGGCAGAGCAUUGUAGCAGACAAAUACAUGGUUAGGAAGGGUUUAACCAUCAAAAGUUAAGACAAUAGUCUGUGAUGGUUUCCACUUAGGAGGGCUGCUGUUACGCACUUUAUAAUUUAGACGUCUAAUUUUUAUAAUUCCUCUGCUGCCUAUAGGCAGAGAUGUAUUGUCUAAUAUUUCUUCAGGCAACCAUUCCGCGGGAACACCUAGCACCAGGCCCAUUCGGGUCACAUUAAAUGAGGGAAUAAAAGCUUUGUAGUUAUUUUUUGUCAGGCAAGGGUUAUUAAUGAAUUCAUUUGCACAUUUGUGGUCUGAGAAUGAUAUGGAAAUUCGGUUUCUGCCUAUCCUUUUGAUGCUACCAUUAAUAAUAUUUAUAAAAUAAUUUUUUUGGAGAAAAUAGCCAAAUUGAACGGGGGGAAUUGCAGGAAAGCGACGCUCGUAUCUGAAGAAACUUUUUGCGCAUGAACUACAAAUGGCCCUAUGUCAUAGGCCUCAUAAAACGUUCGGCCUGUAGGAUUUUUUGGAGAAUGAGAACCAUCUGAUUAGGAGGUAUUGGGUGCUGUUGGGUAACAUUAACAGUUAUAGAAUCUGCAGAAACAACUUUGUUCUGAAAAUUAUCUAGAGCAUGAGCGUUCCUAAUCUCAGUAUAUAUUGAGGGAAUUUCAAUUACCGGUAUUUGGCACGAACAAUCGGAGUCAUUUUGUUUGUUCCGACACUUCGGAUCGAAUCUUCGUUUCCUUUUGUUGCAGUGUUUGCAAAUUUUUCCUAGAUGCAUUCUUUUUCGGUCACUCUGUUGAUCCACAUCUGUAUCUACACUGAACUCGUCCAGUUUAGAGAAUCUAUUAUCUACUAUAUAUACUAUAUAUCUACCACGACCAACGUUUCCCGCGCUUUUCUACUUUUGUUUUAUUGGAGCACAUUUUAUAUAGGGCUUGUUGGCAAUGUUGUAAGAAUAGGAUAGUCUUAUUCAGUGCUUCCAUAUUUCAAAAGUAAAAUUACAGUGUUGUGUGCUAAAAAAUAUAGUAUUUUCUUAAAACAAUAUUAAGAAUUUUAGUAAAAGUUGUUUAAAUUUUAAAAGAAAAAGAAACUGCUGUAUUAAUUUAUUUGUAAAUACAUAUUAUUGUAAGUUAUUCUAAAAUAAUUACCUCAUGAUUCAUUUCAGUAGAAAAGUCUAAAAUACAGUAAAUCUACUGUAAUUGCAGUACAUCUGGAAGUUCUGGUCUCUUUAAUAUAUAAUGGUAGUCUUGCUAGUCUAUGCGUCUAGGCAUGCGGCUGUCACAAAUUAUAGUCUACUUCUACUAAGUCUAUAGACUAUAUAGAUUAUAAACUAUUGGCAAGUACAACGGUGAUAUUUUGUUAUUAGGUUUAACAAGUGUCUUUUAGUGUUUUUGUAAAAUUAAAAUUGCAUUUACGCAUAUUAAUUAAGUAUAUGCUAAAUAAUUACUUCGUUUUACUAUAAAUUUUGUUAUUAACGCAUGUACCUUUUUACAAAUUAAAACUAAAAGAUGUUCAGAUCCUUAAGAAAUAAAUUUUUAAUCAAAAUUCCCCUUAUUAAUAUACCAAAAAAUACAUUUCUAACCAAUGAAUACAAAUGUGCGAAUGCUUGGAACUCUCAAGUAAAUUCUACCGUAUUAACGAAAGUUAAUCUUGGAGAUUUUUAUACGAGUUUAGAUCAGAAUUAUUCAUCAAAAGGCACAAUUAGCGCUAUUGAUGUUGACAUUUUCGCUAAUGCCGUAAGGGACGGCGUGUAUCUUGAAGAGCUGAAAGAUCUUUUGCAUAAACUAAGAUUAUCAAGUGAAACAGGAAAUACAUUGGAAUCUACGCAUCAUGCUACAGUCAGAAAUUUCAUGGAAUUUGGCAAUAUACAAGAACUUGUAGAUAUUUUGAAACAUCCUCUAAAUUAUGGGAUAUUUCUUGACUAUUAUACUGCAAAUCUCUUAUUGGAUAAAUUGAUCAAAUCUCAAGACUAUGAGAUGGCUACCAAUGUUGCAGCUCUUAUAAUGCUGCAGGAAGACUAUACCAAUGAGAUAACUUGUUCUUUGUGUCAGUAUGCUUGUUACAAAUUUAUUACUGAACACACACCAGAUAAUCAAGAGCUGCCAAAAGAAGUAGAAAAAAAUAAAAAGGUUGAAGAGGUUAAAAUAAGAGUUAAGUUCCUUCGCAAUCCAUAUUUUGAUGAUCACUUCGACAUUAAGGAUAUAAAGUUGCUAUCUGGAAAGACAUUAGCUUGCAUAUCUAAAUGUUUUUCUGAUAAUGUCAGUAACAAUUUACAAAUUCUCGGCUGGCUUUUCUAUAAAAAAUAUGAUCAACUGCCUACUAUUGUUAAUAAAUUAAGUCAAAAUACUUCAUUUAAAGUACACAAAGAAGUGAUUGAUUUAUUGAAAACGGUGGCAUCAGAAGAGUCAAAAGAAUGUGUUGAAAAAUGCAUUAACAUGCUAAGUAAUGUUAAAAUGGCAGAGGGAAGCAUUGAAGAAUCAAUUAAAAACUUAGUAGAAAAUGCAAUUAAUAAAUCUCAAAGUAAAGAUAUAUCCAUUCAAGAAAAGAUGUUCAAAGAUUGGGAAGUUAUGCGAGAACAAAAACUGCAGGAGCAAAUAACACGUUUGGAUAGAAUAAAACGUGUGCAGGCUAUAGAAGAAAAACAAAACAUAUUACAAAAGGAAGAGCAAAAAUUGUGGUUCUUUGAAAAUGAAGAAAAAAUAGACCUUCAAAUUGAAGAAAAAGAACAAAUGGAAGAUAAAAGCCAAAUAAAAAGAAAAACUCUAGACAAAUCUGAUGAAGAUUAUAUUCCUCCUGAAAUCGUACCUAAGAGAAGGUAAAUUAAAUUAUCAAUAGAAACUAAAUAAAAUAUACAGUUAGAAAA